CCCCCCCACGUACUGACAGCACACUCCCGCACCGGCUCCGACCUUCUCUGCCGGGGCUGAUCUGCGGACUCCACCGCCCCCCCGGACCCCGGACCCCCACACCCCCACCGAUGGACCGCUGGUCCGCCGGGGCCCUCGGAAGCUCCGGUUCCCCCAGAGAGGCGGCGGCCCCCGCGGGCCCCCUCCGUCCUUCAUGGUGAUGCAGCGGCCGCUCGGAAGCGCCCCCCCCUUCAGCAUCGACGCCCUGAUCGGGGGGCCCCCGCAGCCCGGCCCGGGGCCCCUGGUGCCCCCCUGGUACCCCAUGUUCGUGCCGUACCGCUCCGUGGUGCUGCCGCCGCCGCCGCCGCUGCAGCAGCUGCCGGCGGGGCCCCCGGGGCCCCUGCAGGGCGGCUUCUGCUCCGGCCUGGCCCAGGGGGGGCUGGCGCUCAUGGCCGCGCUGCCCGGAGGAUUCUCGCCGCCCCGGCAGCACCAGGACCCGGCCAGGAAGUUCGGCGCCGCGGCGCUGCACGCCGAGGACGGGAAGGGCUUCUCGGGGAGGGAGUCGGGGCUGCAGCCCCCCCUGCAGCCCCCCCACGACACGGACACGGCGCUGCAGGCCAACGCAGUCCGGGCCCUGAGAGACGACCACGCCGAGGCCGACGGCUCCCGCCGGGACGACGCCUUCCUGGACAGCGACCUGGACUACAGCUCCGACGACAACCUGCCCCCCGGGGGCCAGAAGGAGGACGGCGACGGCGGCGGGGGGCCGGGCGGGGGCCCCGGGGACGGCGGGCCCGCGCCCGGCCCGGCCGGCGGCGGCUCCGGCUCGGGCGGGGGGAAGAACCGGCGGCGGCGGACGGCCUUCACCAGCGAGCAGCUGCUGGAGCUGGAGAAGGAGUUCCACUGCAAGAAGUACCUGUCGCUGACGGAGCGCUCGCAGAUCGCACACGCGCUCAAGCUCAGCGAGGUGCAGGUCAAGAUCUGGUUCCAGAACCGCCGCGCCAAGUGGAAGCGGGUCAAGGCCGGGAACGUGAGCAGCAAGUCCGGGGAGCCCAACCGGAACCCCAAGAUCGUGGUGCCCAUCCCGGUGCACGUGAGCCGCUUCGCCAUCCGGAGCCAGCACCAGCAGAUGGAGCAGAACCGGCCGUAGCCCCGGACCCGGGGCAGAGCCGGCCCGGCUCCCGGAACUCCUGGCUCGGACUUUCUCAAGAACUGAAACCAGACAGGUGGACCAAACCCGCGUUUAUCUGGUUUGGGAUGUAAAAGCCCAGAACUUUUUUCAACUCUGACGGACUUUUGAUCAAGUGAAGAAAAAAACAAAAGGGACUUUUAUCUGUGAAUGACUGAAGAUCAGAUGUGUGAAUUUAAUUUAUCUGACUGUGAUCAGGUUGGUCGGGUCUCAACGGUCCACUUCAGGAUCCGGGUUAAGAGAAACCUGCAGAGCAGGACGUUAGCGGCUCCCCGAAGGGUCAAAGGUCGGAGGUCAGACCUGCAGACGAGCCGUCGGGGAAACUCCGUUUUAUACUCGUGUCAAAACUAAAAACUCACAGUUUUUAGGAGGAAAGCUCAGAAAUUGUGACCUAAUAAAUAAAUAUUCAGAAUUUCUGAACGUAUACAUUUGAGAGAAAACUCACACUUGGCAUUUAUAGACUUCAAAUUUUGCAAAAUCUGAAAUAAAUGAAAAAAAUUGGCAAGAGAAAAUUAAGAAUUCUUGAAUUCAGACGUCAUUAAAAAAAAACCCAUCAACAUCCAGCGUUGGAUAUCACUUCAGCUUGAAUGGAGACGCUUCUUUUAUUCCUCUAAAUUGCUGAUAUUGAGCUCAGACUUGUAUCUGCGGGGGUUUGGCCCCGGGAGCUUCUGCAGACGGAGCGUUUUCAGAACCAGUCGCGGUUCCAGGUCCGUCGGACGGAUCAGCAACAUCCCAGAUGUUUCAGCUGCAGCUUUAAGCUCUUCAUCAUUUAUAACUGUACUUUAAGUUAUUUAUAAAACCUCAAAAUUAUCAACUAAAGUCACAUCUUGUGAAUAAAAUGAUCAAAAUUACAACAAUGAUGGAACGAGCACCGGCGUGGCGAACGUUUAACGAGCCGCCGUCGUCCGUAAUCAGCUGACGGGUCACUUCAUCAUCUUUUUCCCUUUUCCAUAAUUCACACGACGCUACGAGACGUUUCUGUCGAGCUUUUGGAACCAGAGGACAUUUUAAUAUCUACGAAUAAGGAGAAUAUAUCUGCAGCCUCUUAUUUUACGUUUUUCCUCAGAUAAGAAAUGAGAUUCCAACAGCUGGAGAACAUCUAAACACCAACUAAUCAUAAUCAUUUCAUUUUCUUUUACUUUAUUUUACCCCAUUUGUGUUUUUAUUUAUUUAGGUUUUGAUUCAUUUUGUUAUUUUUUUUCUAAUAAAAGAAUGAGUUGAUAUUUAUAACGACUAACGGCGAGACGUCGUCUCCACAUUAAUGGAUGAAUCUCUGAAACAUUUGAGCAGCUUCCUCCUGUUUCCAGACUCAGGAAACGCCUGAGUCUCACAUGCGUCUCACCUGCGUCUCACCUGUAUCUCACCUGCGUCUCACCUGCGUCUCACCUGCGUCUCACCUGCGUCUCACCUGCGUCUCACCUGCGUCCCUCCCUCGCUGUGGUUUUGGGAAACGCGUUUCCGGUCCGCCCCUCCGUCCUGCAGGGGAGAGGAGGACGGAGACACGUGUAAAUAUAAACUCUUAAGUUAUUUCUGGACAGAUGUGCAGCAGCGGUGGAGUCACUUUUGAAUUAAAGGUGGAAAUGUUUCCUGUUUCCUGCUGCUUCCUCCUGAACACACAC